AUGGAUAAAAUUUGGCACCGUGGUGUUAUCAAAUAUCUGCAGAAAAAGGAGUUAGCCCCUAAAGACAUUCAUGCUGACAUGGUUGCUACAUUAGGGGAUGAUGCUCCAGCUUUAUCAACUGUGCAAAAGUGGGCAGCUGAAUUCAAGAGGGGUAGGGAGAGCCUUGAAGAUGACCAGAGGUCUGGACGUCCUGUCACAGCCACCACCCGAGAAAACAUUGACCGUGUUCACCACAUGGUGAUGGAUGACAGCCGUUUAACUGUUAAUCAGAUAGCUAAUGCUGUAGGCAUCUCCCGUGAACGAGUUGAGAACAUUCUGCAUAACGAACUUGGAAUGUCAAAGAUUUCCGCUCGGUGGGUGCCACGACUUUUGACGCCUGAUCAAAAGCGCACCAGGCUGGUCACGUCGCAGGCGAACUUGGCACUUUUUGAAGCAAAUCCAGAUGAUUUUCUUGAACGUUUCCUCACCCAAGAUGAAUGUUGGGUUCACCACUUUGAGCCAGAGACCAUGCAGUGGAAUCACCUGUCUUCUCCCCCACCAAAGAAGGCCAAGGUGGUGUCCUUGGCAGGGAAGGUGAUGGUCUCCGUCUUCUGGGAUGCAAAGGGCAUCGUGUUCAUUGACUACCUUCAAAAUGGACAUACUAUCAAUGGAGAAUACUAUGCCAACUUGCUGAGGCAGCUGCGAAAGGCAAUUGAGUCAAAACGGCCUGGAAAACUGUCGAAAGGGGUCCUGUUUCACCGGGACAAUGCUCCUGCACACAAGUCUGUGCUUGCAAUGGCUGCUGUGCGCGACUGUGGCUUUGAGCUGAUUGAUCACCCUCCGUAUUCUCCUGAUUUGGCACCAUCUGACUAUUUUCUGUUCCGCAACAUGAAAAAACAUUUGUCUGGGAAGCAGUAUCGGACUGAUGAUGAGGUCCUCUCUGCUGUUGAGGACUUUUUUGAGGGUCAGGUUGAGAGCUUCUAUACCACGGGAAUCCAAGUGCUGCAACACCGAUGGAAGAAGUGUGUGGACCGCAGGGGAGACUUUGUCGAAAAAUAA